AUGCCAGCGCCCUGGAAAAUGUGCUGCAAUAAAAAAUCCAGAGCUAUGAAUGGAAAAGCUGAAAUGGCAGAGACAAGUGAAAAAAUGCAGAUGAAAAAACAAAUCACAUUACUAAAUGGGAUUUCUUUAAUUGUGGGCAAUAUGAUUGGCUCUGGGAUAUUUGUGUCACCCAGAGGUGUUUUAAUGUACAGUGCUUCCUGUGGACUGUCUCUAGUCAUCUGGGCACUUGGUGGGAUAUUUUCACUGUUCGGAGCUUUGUGUUACGCUGAGUUGGGAACAUCCAUUGUUAAAUCUGGAGGCAGUUAUGCCUAUAUCUUGGAAGCAUUUGGUGCAUUUGUGGCCUUCAUCAGACUCUGGUCUUCCUUGCUAAUCAUUGAACCAACAACUCAGGCAGUGAUAGCUAUCACGUUUGCUAACUAUAUUGUUCAACCUAUUUUUCCUCAUUGUGAGCCGCCAUAUGACGCCGUCAGGUUGAUUGCAGCUGCUUGUAUAUGUUCCUUAACAUUUAUUAAUUGUGUUAAUGUGAAAUGGGGAACCCGUGUGCAAGAUAUUUUCACAUAUGCUAAAGUUAUGGCUCUUAUCUUGGUGGUAUCUGUUGGCCUUUACAAAAUUGGUAAAGGAGAAACAGACAAUCUGAGAAAUACGUUCGAGGGCUCAGCAACAAACCCAGGGAUGAUUGCGUUGGCUCUCUACUCUGCCCUCUUCUCCUACUCAGGAUGGGACACGCUCAACUACAUCACUGAGGAAAUGCAGAAUCCUGAGAGGAAUUUACCUCUUUCUAUUGCAAUUUCAAUGCCUAUUGUGACUCUUAUUUACCUGUUGACUAAUAUAGCAUACUAUAUAGUGUUGGACAUGUCAAUAAUCAUCACAAGUGAUGCAGUGGCUGUGACGUUUGCCGAUGAAACCCUUAGUCAUGCUAAGUGGAUAAUUCCUAUAGCAGUGGCCAUGUCUUGCUAUAGUAGCUUAAACUCAUCAAUAAUUGCAGCAUCUAGGCUUUUUUAUGUUGGAGCCAGGGAAGGACACCUCCCUGACAGUCUGAGCUUGAUCCAUGUAAAGUGCUUCACACCAGUCCCUGCUCUCCUUUUCAAUGGCUUAAUGACUUUGCUUUAUCUCCUUGUGGAAGACGUUUUCGUCCUCAUUAAUUACUACUGCUUCAACUACUGGUUCUUUGUGGGUCUGUCUAUUGCAGGACUAAUAUAUCUGAGAUAUACCCAGCCACACAGACCACGGCCUGUUAAACUUAACCUCUUCUUCCCUAUAGCAUACUGUUUAUGUUCCCUUUUCCUGGUCAUAGUUCCUCUCUACAGCGACACAAUCAAUUCCCUUAUUGGCAUUGGUAUUGCCCUCUCUUUUGCAUAUUUUUUGGGAGUCUAUCUGCCAGUUGAAAAACGACCUAAAUGUCUACAGUGGCUCUCUGCUACGACAACAAAAUAUGUUCAGAUGCUCUUCUACUGUGCUCCAUCAGACCUGGACAUAGACAUGGAACCUACAACAGCUAAAAGUAAAUAG